AUGACUCUACCACAUGAUUCUGACAAGACUGAUGUCCCAAUCAUCCCGGGUACACAUCCGACAUUCAUACUCCAAGAUAGCAGCGUCUGUUCCGAAACGACCUCGUCCAAAACCACUGAUAGUGCCUCUGAUCCCUACGCGCGAGCGGUGCGGCAACACCAUUUAACGCUCGCCAAUGAGGCCGCCGGUCCUGCUGGUAAUCGCAUGAUCGAGCAGUAUUCGACGGAAAUCGAACAGUAUGGUUUGACCCCUGUUCCGCGCCUUAAUCAGCAGUCCAUUGUUGGGGACCUCAACGUACGAUCGCCGAGCGAGUCCAGCGCGAGACCGAAUGUGAAUAAGGCAAAUACUACUGUAGCACAACAGUCGCUCUACGCCACGUCGACGCAAGUGAAGAGGUUAUCAGACGGCGAUCCUGCCGGCCGAGAUACCGGCCGAUGCGUGCCUAAAAAGCCGCGCACUACGCCGCCCAAUAGAAUCGACCUCGGCCACUUCAGCAAGCCAGCAAUCCCCACGAGACUUGCAAGCGGACUCACGUCCCCGUUGUUCUUCUCGCAUAAGCAUCGGCCACUUAUUGCCAGACCCCCAAGUUUUCCUGGUUCAGAGGGAGCAGCUAUGUUGAGGAAUGUGCGCGAAGGUGCGGAGGUCACGACUUUGAAACUCGCCAGGGGCACGGUGAGCUCUCCGAGUCCAGCAAGGUCUUUCGGUACACCGGGUAGUUGGUCUUCCAUUGAAGGGAAUAUUAUGCGAAGUCCCGAGUCUACCGCUUCGACCCCGGGUUUCCAAGCAUUGCAAAACAUCGGCAUCCUCGAAUUGCUAGAGCGCGAUGAUAGGCCGACUUUUAUCGUUGAUGGCUUAACCGCAACCGACACAGGGCCUCUCACAAUUCUCUAUAUAAAUCCAGCUCUUCAGGUUUCUGAUCCUAUCCGUCACCUACUUUCCGGGGAAUUUCGGGACAACAUAGAAGCGCGGGAUGAGUUUUCCGCAUUCAAGUCGUGGGUGAAGACGGGCGGUAGCAACGUAGAUGGGCUCGAUGUCUUCCUACCCUCCUUUCACUAUGGCGGGCUCAAUUGGACUUGCUCAACAAUUAGAGGUCGAUACCGGUUUGUUAGUGCAAAUAGGAGUGUCGUUUCAAUCGCGCGGACUUCUCCUGAGCCUACGCUAGAACGGGAAGCCAGUAUCGACUCGCGAGCUCGUGACCCGACGCCGAGUGCUCAGCCCAAGACGCCAAGCGAUAUCGUGUUGCCUGAUCGCGACUACUUUAGCGCUAUUGAUUCUAAUGAGAACGACGAAGACCGCAUGCAACAAGAUGGGGGCAGCAAUAUUGGAGAUGAUAUGCUAUUACACCGAGAUAUCGGCGGUCUCUCGCCAGAGACCAUGACUAUACCACCAUCUGUGUCGCAGUCUUCCUUCGAUUGGACCCAAAUACCCCUGACAUCAGAUCUGCCGGAGCAUAUACUGUUCGCCCGGACAAGAGAUUGGGCAUCUACACCUCUGGGGCCCAUUGAACAUUGGUCUCCUGGAUUACGUGCUAUGGCGAAUAUGGUCAUGGGUAGUCCUAAUCCUGCAUCAUUAUAUUGGGGCGAAGAAUUGACUACCAUAUACAACGAAGCGUAUGUUGCUUUAGCAGGCUCGAAGCAUCCGAAGCUCAUGGGCCAGAGUUACAAAGAAGCUUGGGGUGAAAUCUGGCCCGAGCUAGCCCCUAUUUUAGAGAGUGCCUGGGAAUCUGGACAAGCCACGCUGAAAAACGAUGAUCGUCUUAUAAUACGACGCCAUGGCUUUGAUGAAGAGACAUUCUUUUCGUGGUCUAUCGUGCCGCUAGUCGGAAGUGACGGCUCCGUUGUCGGCCUAUUCAAUCCAGCCUUUGAAAAUACUCGACGGAAGAUUGCCGAGAGGAGGAUGUUGACCCUACGUGAAGUGGGAGAAAAGACUGCCUUGGCACGUGAUGUCAAGAGUUUUUGGAAUAUGGUCAAUGAGGGCCUUGAAUACAAUGAAGAUGAUGUGCCAUUCAACCUCGUUUAUUCAGUCACAGAAGAAUCCGAGAGCGAUGUGUCAUCCAUGCACUCGGGAAGCUGGGUAAAUCCACCUUUGCUGAUGCUGGAGGCUUCUCUUGGGGUUCCCCAAGGUCAUCCCUUGCUGAUAGAAUCCCUGGAUCUUAAGACGAGUAGCGAUGGCUUCGCCCCGUACAUGCGUGAAUCAAUGUCAAAUACAGGGCAGCCUAUCGCUCUUUCUCUCGAGGAUGGGACGCUUCCAGAUGGUCUGAUGGACGGGCUGGCCUGGCGAGGCCCGGGCGAUCCUUGCAACUCCAUUGUCAUAUUCCCAGUUCACCCUACCACGGGUAGUGAGAGUGUGGUUGGCUUCAUCGUGAUGGGCGUGAACCCGAGGCGGCCGUACGAUGAGGACUACAAACUUUUCAUCAAUCUGCUAUCUCGUCAGCUGGCGACCUCACUGGCGUCUGUUGUGCUAUUUGAGGAGGAGAUACGUCGUGGUCAAAAGGCAGCACAGAUAGCUGCUGCAGAUCGCCAGGAGUUAACGAAGCAACUACACUUACGAACACAAGAAGUUGAAGAAAGCGAGCUACGAUUCACGAGGAUGGCGGAAUUUGCGCCAGUAGGGAUGUUCAUCGCCAAUUAUUUAGGGCACAUUACGUACUGCAAUGAUAUGUGGUGGGAUAUAUCAAGACACAACAGAUCACAGAGCGUUAAUGACUGGAUGGAUAGUGUCAAGGAUGAUGACCGGCCUGCUCUACAGACAGUAUGGCACUACUUACUCACCGAUAAAGUUGCGAUCACGCACGAAUUCAGGUUCAAAUGCUCUCGGCAUGAAGGGGAAAACGUGAUAGAUACAUGGGUGUUAAUGAGCGCGUACCCGGAGAAGGACGCUAAUGGCGGUAUCAAGGGGAUUUUCGGCUGUAUUACGAACAUAUCACAGCAGAAGUUGGCCGAGCAGAUUCAAAUGCAACGGCGAGAGGAGGCGGUCGAACUCAAGCGACAGCAAGAGAAUUUCAUUGAUACGACCAGCCACGAGAUGAGGAAUCCACUUAGCGCAGUUCUUCAAUGUGCAGACGAAAUUGCGGAAUCUCUAGCGACCAUAAUCAAGGAAACCGGUGAGGAUAACGCGCAAAGUCGGAGCCUGAAUCUUGCGCUUGAGGGUUGCAUAGAAGCGGCCAACACCAUAACGCUUUGCGCUAGCCAUCAAAAGAGGAUAGUAGAUGAUGUCCUCACGCUCUCCAAGUUGGAUUCACAGUUACUUCUCGUGACUCCCGUCGACGUGCAGCCAUUAGCUGUCGUACAACGAGUUCUGAAGAUGUUUGAAAGCGAAUUAAACACGAAUGGUAUUGAAAUGACAUUCCAAGUCAAGAAUCGUUAUCUUGAUAUGGGAAUCGAUUGGGUCAAACUUGAUCCUUCACGGCUCUUGCAAGUUCUGAUCAACCUAAUGACUAACGCUAUCAAGUUCACUCAGUCACGUCCUGAGCGAUCCAUCGUCAUAACUUUAGAUGCUUCUAGCCAUAUAUCUGAACGGACCGACCCUGAUAUCGAAUAUUUCCCAAGCGAUCGUGCUGACAGACACGACCUCUCGAACCAACCGGAUUGGGGCAAUGGAGAGAAGGUCAAUCUCCAUUUUUCUGUUCAAGAUACUGGAAGAGGUCUAGAUGAACACGAGAAGAAACUUCUAUUUCAGCGCUUUUCGCAAGCCACUCCCAGAACCCAUGUUCAAUACGGCGGCUCUGGCUUGGGACUAUUUAUCUCUAGGACGUUAACUGAAUUGCAAGGUGGUCAAAUUGGGGUGACUUCCCGGAAGGGGAUAGGCAGCACAUUCUCGUUCUAUAUUCAAAGCAGGAAGAGUCACGACCCUGAUACCAACUCGUUGCCCGCUGCUCCUCCUCUUACUCGUGCACCAGGGUCCUCAACAACGAUCGAGACGCGCCAACCGAAAGCUAUGCUCAGCGAGAUGGGUUCCCAUUAUGGCAAAAAUGCGGCGUCAAAGCCGCGCUUUUCCGAAGAUGGUCGGCGUUUGUUCGACGUUCUCAUUGUCGAGGAUAACCUGGUGAAUCAGAAAGUACUACAGCGAUCUCUUCGCAACGUUGGGAACAGCACCAAAGUAGCUAAUCAUGGAGGAGAGGCAUUGGAAGUGAUACAACAAUCCCGAUACUGGACUGGAAAGGAAGACACGGGAGAUGAGAUCUCCAUCAUUUUAAUGGACCUCGAAAUGCCUGUAAUGGAUGGCAUGACUUGUGCUCGCAAGAUUCGGGAACUGGAGAGAAACGGAACGAUCGUCAGCCACAUUCCAAUCAUUGCCGUCACAGCGUACGCUCGGCCAGAGCAGAUUGAAAACGCUAAGGCCGCAGGAGUCGACGAUGUUAUCUCGAAGCCGUUUCGUAUGCCCGACCUCAUACCCAGAAUAGAGCAGUUGGUCGAGUUGAACACACCAUACGCCGAGGUUAUGGCAGCAUAA